AAGGUUUGAGGGGGGAGAGCGAUGAAUAUCGCGGAGAGCGCGCCCAAGCUGGAGGUGAAUCAGCGCCUGCCGCUGCGGCACUACUACAGGAUCGCCGAUAAUCUGCUGCGCCAGGCGAGAAUCUAUAGGAGCGAGAAGAAUGUGCUCGAGCUCUACAUCCUCCUGCUGAGAUUCACAAGCUUGGUGAUCGACACGAUCCCAGCUCACAAUGAGUACAAGCGCUUUUCGGAUUCACAGAAGGCUCUUCUCCGGCAGAGGGUUUUGGAAGCGCUGGCCGAGCUGGAAAGCUUGAAGCCUCUUGUCAAGAAAGCUUUGGAAGCUCCUUUCCCGGUGAAGAGAAAUGCGUCUCUUGAGUACAAUAAGUACGAUCCCAAUCCUGCAAAGAAUAGAUGGCAAACCAGUCCCCAGACUAACUGGCAAAACACAUGGCAAGGAACUGCGAGGCCAAGAGAUGAGACACUCUCUAGACAUUCUUAUUUUACGUUGCCGAGCAGGAAACCGAUGGAGCAACCUAUCAAAGUGACGUAUCCAAGCUAUAUUGAUGUAUCGCAUAUCGAGAUCCCAAGUUUUGACCAGAACUCCUUCUCUGUGUCUUCGUCAGAACCAACAGCCUUACCACCUCAGUACAGUCUUGUUAAUCAGCUCGCUCCUCCUCCCGUUCCGGUUCCUGUACAAAACGUUCAAUGCUUGCCGCCCACUACAGUGGCUGAUCCAAGACCAGGGUCUCCCAAGGUUUCCAAUGAAAAGGGACCAAAGCACUUAUACGUUUCUCCAACUAUGAUGGAGGAGUUCCUUGCACUAGCUCGUCACAAUACGCAAAAGAAUUUGGAAACCUGCGGAGUCCUGGCCGGUUUUCUUGAAAAGGGUAUGUUCUCUGUGACAACUCUGAUUAUCCCGAAGCAGGAAGCGACGUCAGAUUCGUGCCAAACGGUCAACGAGGAGGAACUAUUCGAAGUUCAAGACAAACGGAAUCUAUUCCAGCUUGGAUGGAUACACACGCAUCCAACGCAAACGUGUUUUAUGUCGUCAAUAGAUCUUCACACGCACUACUCCUACCAGGUAAUGCUGCAGGAGGCAAUUGCGAUCGUCAUGGCUCCCACCGACGAAGAAAGGUCCUUCGGCAUUUUUCGGCUGUCCGAGCCUGGCGGCAUGGAAGCUAUCCAGCAGUGCGACCAACGAGGAUUUCAUCCACACGACGAGCCGGCCAACGGAGGCUCCAUAUACGAUCACUGUUCCCAUGUCUACAUGAAUCCCAGCUUAAGAUUCGAUAUAGUCGACUUGAGAAUAUGAACACUUUGGACAUUCCUACCAUGUUAGAAUAUGAGCACUUUGAUCUCAAAUAUUAAGUCAUGUAAAACUCUAGCGGA